GAAUGUGUAAUUGAUGUGGCCCCUCCUCCUCUCAUCUAUAACAUCAGUUCACCACCCCAACUCCAGUACAUGUCCUCGUAGAUAGCCAAACAUCAAUCAUCACUAACAAAAGUAAAAACAAGACGAAAAACUCGCCAGUUGAUAAACCAAUAACAGCAACGUUUGUUGCUAUCUGAAUAAAUAGAUGUAUAUUGAAAAAUACAAUAAGUGAAUUUGCGAAGACAAAGUGGUAAUAAAAGUGACGAAGAAGAAAGAGGUAGAGAGGGGUUAGGGGGGCUGCGUUUGCGCCUCGAGUGUUAAAUCACCGAUAAUGUCAAUACGUCGAGUCGCAGCUCAACAAUUUGAUGAAUCAAUUGAAAAAAAAUAGUCAUUAAGUUCCGUUAUCACCGCGAGUUGAGUUAUAGAUAAUUGAAAGGGAAUGGGGAUUGACAAGUGCACUAGUGGAUGAGUGGAAUUAGCGUGAAUAAUACAUGUUUAAAAGUCCCUCUGUGACAGUCCAACAAUAACACAAAGUGCAAUUCGAUGAAAAUAGAUGAUUGUUUUUUACACAGUUGAGUUUUGAGGGGAAGAAAAAGGGGAAAGGGUAGAUAGGGUUAUACUUUUGAAACUUGGAAUUUACUGAUAUUUCCAGUAGGCUAUAAAAAGUGUCUUCUCCCUUGAUAAAAUGCCUUCAUUCAUUGCUAUUAAGAGAAGAGAAAUGAUGAUUUAUUGAAUUGACGACGAAUGUUGAAUAUCCCUGUGUUGUCGUUGUAUUAUGAAAAGAACGAGUAAACAGCGACCGGGUGUGGGUACGAUAUCAUCAGUGUGCCUGUCCGAGGCCAAAUCGGACAGAGGCUCUCCCUGUCCUGAACCCCACCUGUCACCCUACUACAUGAAAGAGCAGGACAUCCCCGAGUAUUUAGAGGGUUGUGGUCUGACGACCUGUUCAUCAGCGUCAAACGAUAUGCCGGAGUCAGUGGUGGAGGUUCUCGCCAAGGAUUCCCACAAGGAGAAAAAAUUAUCAUCAGCAUCAAUCGGCCCAUCGGGUGAUACAAAAAAAACUGUAACUGUUAAACAUCCUGAAUCGAACAAGCCAAAACCCACAGCGAAAAAGUCCAAGCCCAUUCAGGCUGAUUUGGAUGUCGCCAAAGAGUUCAUCAGAUGUCGAGACGAAUGCGUCACACGACUCGACCUCAGCAAAUCAAGCAUUACCAAUUUGCCAAGUUCUGUUCGCGAUCUCACUAAUUUACAGGAGUUCUACCUUUAUGGCAAUAAAUUGGCAACUCUACCUGUUGAGAUUGGCUAUCUAACUAAUCUCAAGACACUAGCACUCAGUGAAAAUUCGUUAACGAGCCUUCCAGACUCCUUGGAAAAUUUGAGAUCACUCAAAGUCCUUGAUUUGAGGCACAAUAAAUUGAAUGAGAUACCCGAUGUUGUCUACAAGCUGACAUCCCUCACGACGCUCUUUCUACGGUUUAACCGAGUGAGGUACGUAUGCGAAAAUAUUCGCAAUCUUACAAACCUCACGAUGUUGAGCUUGAGAGAGAAUAAGAUAAAGUCCCUACCCGCGGGAAUCGGUAGACUCAUCAAUUUGAUAACUUUCGAUGUUUCUCACAAUCACUUGGAGCAUCUACCCGAGGAGAUUGGCAAUUGCGUCCAACUAUCAACAUUAGAUCUCCAACACAAUGAGUUGUUAGACAUCCCCGAGACAAUUGGCAAUCUCGUUUCAGUGACGAGACUCGGCCUGAGGUAUAAUAGAUUAUCUAGUAUUCCCAAGUCCUUGGCCAACUGCAAAUUGAUGGAUGAAUUCAGUGUAGAGGGUAAUCAGGUAUCGCAAUUGCCUGAUGGCCUUCUCUCAUCUCUCUCAGACUUGACGACCAUCACUCUGUCGAGAAAUUGCUUUUCGGCUUAUCCCUCAGGUGGCCCCUCACAAUUCACCAAUGUUGAUUCGUUAAAUAUGGAGCACAAUCAGAUUGACAAAAUUCCCUAUGGAAUAUUCUCCAGAGCUAAGAACCUCACGAAAUUAAAUAUGAAGGAGAAUCAACUGACUGCUCUUCCUCUGGACAUCGGCACCUGGCUCAACAUGGUCGAGCUCAACCUGGGUACCAAUCAGCUCAUCAAGAUCCCUGAUGAUAUUCAGUAUCUGCAGAACCUCGAGAUUCUCAUACUCUCCAAUAAUCUUCUCAAGCGAAUACCCGCCAGCAUUGGUAGUCUGAGAAAACUCAGGGUUUUGGAUCUUGAGGAGAAUAAAAUCGAGUCAUUGCCCAAUGAAAUCGGCUUCCUGAGGGAUCUCCAGAAAUUGAUUCUCCAAUCGAAUCAGGUCACCUCACUGCCACGCGCUAUUGGACAUCUUUUGAAUCUGACGCAUUUAAGUGUUGGUGAGAAUAAUCUCAAUUAUCUUCCAGAGGAGAUUGGCACAUUGGAAAAUCUUGACUCACUCUAUGUAAACGAUAACGCCAAUCUCCAUAAUUUACCGUUUGAGCUCGCGCUCUGUACGAAUUUAAGCAUUAUGGGCAUUGAAAAUUGUCCCCUGUCGAAAAUACCUGCUGAGAUUGUUGCUGGAGGCCCGUCCUUUGUUAUUCAAUUCCUCAAGAUGCAGGGACCGUACAGGUCUAUGUAAUAAAGGGAGGACUUCGAGGAGAAUGGGGCACGCGGCUGCAGGUGGAUUGUCAUGAGGUGUUGUAGAGUGAUUAGAGAGUUCUGGGGGACAUUUUGCAAGAGAAGAACCAGGGACAAGGACUGCGUGUCGGUUAUAGAUCUGUGAGCUGGGAGCUGUGAUUCUUCCUCGAAGCCUUUAUCAGCGAUUUUUUUUUUUUCAACUCUUUUUUUUUUCUCCACUUCCCCCUCAAUAAGGUGAAAGAGAGAUUGGGUGGCAUUGGUAACGAGAGGAUGGCAAAUAAUUCGCCAAUUGAAAUCCAAUUUUUUUUUCUUUCUAGUAAUGAUCAGGAGUAUAUCCAGAUUAUAUGCAUAAAUUCUCAAAAAUUUUUACAGUACACUCGAUCUCAGGAUUAAGGAGCCAGGAUGUUUUUCAUUUUAAAAUCAGUGGUUAUUUCGAAAAAAAAAUAAUACACUUGAUUUUGCUGAAGGAUAAAUUGAAGAAUUCCUGGCUUUCGAUGAAAAAAUAUAAUCAACUUUUAUUCAAGGACUGUGGUUUUAAAUAAUAAAAUCCUUUCUCAUGGUACCGAGUACGUGUUUCAAUGUGAGAAAUAAUUUUCAAUGAAUAAAAUUCAUCGAGCCAUUCGCACCGUCCUGCGUCAAAUGCAGUUAACUAUAAAUAUAUAAACUUCACUUAUCUUUCAUCAGUUUGAAGAGAUUCAAUUAAGCUAUCAAUCAUCAAGAAUUUUUCAAUCUUCGUGGAUACUUUCUCUUUAUUUUUAGUUUUUCCUUCGCACCUCCGGAGUCUAUUCUCAACUCAACUGUACGACAUUCUGCCAAAAUAUGAGAAUUACUCAUUACAGUAUUUUUUGUAUGUUCAAGUGGAUCGCUCGGUUCUUGGGAUAAUCAACACAAAUUAAUGUCCCUUCACGAGAAAAAUUCAUUUACAUUCUGGCGCACAAUGGAGAUUCAAGUGAAUAAUGUCAAUGUUACGCCAUAUUAAGGAUUAACGGAAUGCAUUAAGGCCCGGAUGGACUGUCUGGAAAAGAUAAUUUACUCUAAAAUUGGGACUUCUAAUUACUCCGUCAAUU